AUGGCUACCCCCAGUGUCCUUACUUUUGAUGCUGAGGGCCGUGCCGUUGACUUUGAGGUCUGGGUCGAUGACCUCCAGCUGUUUCUACAGUGCGAUAGGGCAGACGGACUCUCUUUGUUCGAUCUCACCUCUUGUGCCUCUCCUGCCCCGCCUGCUACUGCUGACAGCACUGUUCGCUCACAGUGGGCCACACGCGAUGCUGCUGCUCGCCUUGCUGUGUGUCGCCACUUAUCAACCACUGAGCGUGCACACUUUAGCCAGUACAAGAGUGCUCAGACCUUGGGUGUUCCCCCUCCCCCCUCUUGCCCUCUGUUGCCUCUGCUGCUACGGCCGACCUCGUUGGUUUCGAGUCGUACGGCGCUGCGUCUGCCCCGUUCGGGAGGCGUCGCACCGACAAGGGCAAGGGGGGAAAGGGCGCUGGAGGGGCUGGCGGGGGCGGUGGAGGUGGUGGUGGAGGCAGUGGAGGGGGUGGGGGUAGUGGUGGGAGUGGUGGCGGGGGUGGAGGUGUCGGUGGCAGCACUGGAGGCGGAGGAGGCGGCGGCAGAGGCAGAGGGAGCAGAGGCGGCGGAGGUGGUGGAGGCGGCGGAGGCGGCGGAGGUGGCGGAGGCGGCGGCGGCAGCAGUGGACCCAGUCGCAGCUCUGCGCAGAGGAGUGGCUCCGGUGGUGGUACGCGCCAGCAGCAGCAGCGCAGUCGUGAGACCCUGUCCCCUCAGCAGCUUCGUGAGUGGUAACGCUGCGCGUCAACGCGGUGGGGGUACGGGUCCCUGCACCUACGUUCUCCGCACCGGCGACCGCGUUGGUGAGCAGUGCGGGGGCCCGCACCCCACACAGCGUUGCUUCGGCCGCCUGACGGACGCGUGGCGUCACCAGUUCCCUAAUGCAUCUGAGAUCCCCCGCUGGGGAGAGCUGUCUAGGGCGGGGUUUGCUAUAUUUGCUGCGAUGUAUGCUGUUGCUGAUAGUGUUGAGGUUGACUACUACCUGUGUGUUCCGCCUGACCCGGGCAUUGAGCCUGCUGCUCUAGGUGCUGACCGCACCACACUUACGCCGCUUAGUCGGCCGGUUGCGGUCUCCCUGGCGGACCCCUCUGGGGGUCCUGUCCUUGCUCGCUUCUCCACUGUCUUACCAUGUCCGGCAGCCCCCUCUGGCACCCUUUCAGGUCUCUACCUCCCCUCGUUCUCUACGAACUUGGUGAGCAGGAGCUGA